AUGGUUCGCACUGGUCUUGGUAGCCUGGGCGUUGGCGUUUUUGGGCCCCUUGUCGGAGGUCUCUUUGUUCAACACUCGACCUGGAGGUGGUGUUUCUACAUCAACCUGCCUUUCUGUGGUAUUGGUUUGAUCUUGGUUCACUUCUUCGUCCGCUUCCAGACGGACAGAUCAUCCUUGCGAGAGAAAUUAGUGCGCGUUGACUGGAUCGGCGGUUUCCUCUUCAUUUCCAGCCUGACAAGCUUCCUUAUGGGUAUCUCGUGGGCUGGUAUCCAGUUUCCUUGGUCAAGCUUCCGUACGAUCACACCGAUCGUUGUCGGUACCGUGGGAAUCUUGCUCUCAUUGCUCUGGGAACGUUAUGGCGCAAGACAACCAUUUCUCAGAAGAUGCCUCUUUUACAGCUCUUCCGCUGUUGCAGCCUAUGUCUGCGCUUUUUGUCAAGGGUUGGUCCUCUUUUUGGCUCUAUAUUACGUGCCAUUCUAUUUUAUGGCUGUGCACUUCGCCACUGCAACCAAGGCUGGCAUCAACAUCUUCCCAGUGACAUGCUUUCUGCUCCCAAGCUCAGCAAUCGUCUCGGUCCUGAUCACGCAUCUGGGCCGAUUCCGAUGGGCUCUCUAUCUCGGUUGGACAAUCACGACGCUCGGUUCUGGCUUGCCUAUUCUCAUGGCCGUUCGUGGUGAGAACAUCAAGACGGCAGAAUGGGUUGGCAUCUUUGUUGUCUUCGGUUUGGGCAACGGCAUAGUCCUGACCAGUGUCAAUUUCGCGAUCCAAUCGAUUGCCCGUGGUGAGGAUUGUGCUCGGGCUGCCAGCAUGUAUGCCUUCUUCCGUACGCUAGGGAUGACCAUCGGUGUGGCUGUCGGUGGCACAGUCUUUCAGAACAUGAUGUCCUAUAAGUUGGAACAGCUAUCUCAGCCGACUUCCAUCAAUCAUUAUUUACUUUAUAGCCCUUUAUAUAGUUAG